AUGCUUCUCCAAUCCGUCUACGCAUCAACAAGACCCUCCGCACGAUGGACCUCAUCUCUCUACCGCCCAUCCUCGCCAUGGACCCAUCCCACAGCUCAGAGGAUCAACAAACUCUUCCCCACCUCAGCACAGACAGCAGCCCAGGGCCACUUCCUCUCCACCCAGCCACCACCGUCGUCCAGCAAUAGCAGCUAUGGCACCCCUACUUCGCUGAACAUCAGGCAGCGCAAGUCCGGGACCUGGCUGCCCAGGUGGCAAACGGUGACACUCUCCCGGGAUAAGAACUCGACUUCAGGCACGCUUCAAACCUCGUUAGAUGGGAGUCAGCCAAAAAACGUCCCUCCAAAUGAGGAUAUCGACGCCACCAAGUACCUGCUCUCUCCCCAGACGGCCUUUGCGGUGUUCUUACCCAAGGGAUACCCAGAAUCAGUAACAUCCAACUACUGGCCGUUUGCAAAGUGGCAGUUUGUACAUAAUGUCGCGGGAUCUGUAACAGCAGUCAUAUCCACACAGUCGCUGUUGUUCGCGAUGGGGCUUGGAGCAGGAUCAAUACCAAUGGCUGCCGCGCUGAACUGGAUCAUCAAGGAUGGACUGGGCCAGUUGGGUGGUGUCGUGUAUGCAUCGUUCGUCAGCGACAAGUUUGACUCGGAGCCAAAGCGUUUUCGGUUCCAGGCCACAGUGGCCAUGCAGGGCGCAAACGUUCUGGAGCUGUUAACACCGCUCUGGCCCGGAUACUUUCUGAUCAUUGCGUCAAUUUCGAACAUCGGCAAGAAUAUGGCAUGGCUGGCGAGUUCUGCAACACGGGCACAGAUGAACAAGACCUUUGCUCUUCGAGACAACUUGGGUGACAUUACAGGAAAAUCAGGAUCGCAAACAACCGCCGCAGGACUUGUUGGGACCGGCUUGGGAGUUGUGAUUGCGGCGCUGAUGAACUAUGUGGCGGAAGAUCCAACAGUCCUGCCUCUUAUCCCUAUGUGCCUAACUUUCCUGCCGUUUUCAAUCUUCAACAUCUAUUCCAACUACCGAUCCUGUUAUUAUGUCACUACGCCAUCUCUUAAUGUCCCACGCGCAGAGACCGUAUUCAACGGCGUUCUGGAGAAUCUGGCUCUGGAAAAGAAGCGCGACAGCAUAGAAAAUUCCACGGUGACACCUCUUCUGCAGCAAUUGGAGCGUCUGAUCCCGAUUCCGAUGGAAGUUGCGCACAAAGAGGUCUUUGUCUCGCCUUACAUAUCGCCAUUCAGUAUCGACAUCGAUAUUGAACCGGUUGUCAGUCGAUUUGCUCGAAAGGGUCAUGGAACCGAACCAUUGGAUCGCGCGUUCCGACAGACGGACUUUGUGCAAAGGGAACAAUACUAUAUUAUGGUGGAUGAAUCUGUCUUCAAGGCAAAGAGAGGAGGGCUUUGCGGUGGUAAGGUGGUUAUCUGGUUCGAUAAGAAGGCCAAGGGACACGAUUUGAUCCAAGGAUUCUACCACGCAUGUGCAACAAGGGCGAUCCUGGCACGGAGAAGGGACGAGAUUGGUGCUGUGUCCUUGGAUGGGAAUGAGUGGAAUGAGGCAGUGACCAUGGCGCACAGACAGGCAAUAGAGACUGUGCCUCAAUUGAUAGAUGUGAUGAACCAAAAAGGGUGGGACACCGCCAGCCUGUUCCUGACAGACGGUGAUCGCAAUCGUAUUCAAAUAGAAUGA